CUUAUAGACAUACAUAAUUUAAGCUCCGUCAUGUUGACACCGUCGAACUCCCGAGCCGCGGUGCGCUCGAUGGCUUCUUUGGCCCAUGCAGCAUCUAGAGCGUCCGCCAGUUCCCCCGCAGUCGCACGCUCUGCUUUAGCUUGUGCUGCCCGGUCCCCCGCUUCUCUCGGUUGCCGUCGCGCUCUGAGCACCAAUAGCCGACAACUCCAGUUCCCCCGCCUUCAGUCUUUGAACACCAUCUCCGGCAAGAGAGCUUUUGGUACAACUGCAAGAAUGGCUUCGGAAACUCGUGUUGAGACUGACGCCUUUGGCGAGAUUGAGGUCCCCGCCGACAAGUACUGGGGUGCCCAGACCCAGCGUUCCCUGGGUAACUUUGACAUCAACCAGCCUCAGGACCGUAUGCCCGAGGGUGUUGUCAAGGCUUUCGGUAUUCUGAAGGGUGCUGCUGCUACUGUGAACAUGAAGUUUGGCCUUGACCCCAAAGUUGGUGAGGCUAUCCAGAAGGCUGCCGCCGAGGUUGCCGAGGGCAAGCUCUUGGACCACUUCCCUCUUGUUGUUUGGCAGACUGGCUCCGGCACCCAGUCCAACAUGAACUCCAACGAGGUCAUCUCGAACCGUGCCAUUGAGAUUUUGGGCGGCAAGAUGGGAUCUAAGAAGCCUGUGCACCCCAACGAUCACGUUAACAUGUCUGCUUCCUCCAACGACUCUUUCCCUACUGCUAUGCACAUCGCUGCUGUUUUGGAGCUCGAGGGAACUUUGCUGCCUUCCCUCAAGAGCCUUCGCGACGCCCUCCAGGUGAAGGUGGAGAACUUUGAGAAGAUCAUCAAGAUCGGUCGUACCCACCUGCAGGAUGCUACCCCUCUUACUCUUGGCCAGGAGUUCUCCGGCUACGUUGCCCAGCUUGAUCGCAACAUCGAGCGUGUUCAGAACUCUCUUCCCCACCUCCGCUAUCUUGCUCAGGGUGGAACUGCUGUUGGUACUGGUCUGAACACCUUCAAGGGCUUCGAUGAGGCCAUUGCUGCCGAGGUCACCAAGAUGACUGGCACCGAAUUCAAGACCGCCCCCAACAAGUUCGAGGUCCUCGCUGCUCAUGACGCGAUCGUCGAGGCCUCUGGUUCCCUUAACACCCUUGCUUGCUCGCUUUUCAAGAUCGCUCAGGAUAUCCGUUACCUCGGUUCUGGACCUCGCUGCGGUCUGGGCGAGCUGAUCCUCCCCGAGAACGAGCCAGGCUCCUCUAUCAUGCCCGGAAAGGUUAACCCCACUCAGUGCGAGUCCCUCACCAUGAUCUGCUCUCAGGUUAUGGGUAACCAUGUCGCUGCUACCGUUGGUGGCAUGAACGGCCAGUUUGAGCUUAACGUGUUCAAGCCCGUCAUGAUCCGUAACCUUCUGCACAGCUCGCGCAUUCUUUCGGAUGGCAUGAAGAGCUUCGAGAAGAACCUGGUGCACGGUCUCGAGGCCAACGAGCCCAGAAUCAACUCCCUGCUCCACGAGAGUCUGAUGCUUGUCACCUGCUUGAACCCCGUUAUCGGUUACGACAUGGCGUCCAAGGUCGCUAAGAACGCCCACAAGAAGGGUCUCACUCUGAAGCAGAGUGCUAUGGAGCUUCAGGCCCUCAGCGAGGAGGACUUCGACACCCAUGUCCGCCCUGAGCUGAUGCUUGCUCCCAAGGAGAAGAAAUAGAAGGGUGCAUUUUGAUACCCGGAUGACGAAAAGGGGUUAGGAUGGAUUGGUUCAGUUUAAGAUAUAGCGAAAUUAGCAUUUUUUCCCUUUUAGAUAUGUUGUGAUGUAGUUUAGUGUAUACGAAUAAAAAUGCUGAUAUACGGGUUUUA